AUGACGACAGGAAUGACACGCCUGGGCUCAAUCACGAUACAGUACUGCCCCCAUCUCACUAAGCUGAUCUUCAACUUUAAUAGGUUAAAGUCAUUGAGUGACAGCCUCUUCAGUUCACUCCAGAAGCUGAGGACUUUUCAGGUGAAGGGCAACGUCAUAUCCCACCUGCUCAGGCAGCUCUUAAAGAACCUCCUGAGUCUUCGUGCUGUUGACCUGUCCCAGAACAUACUCACAGGGGUGGACGGGGAGCUCCUCAGCGGCUUGUCCCAGCUAGAGUCCCUCAAACUACUCACAUAAAAAAAUACUACAGUUUACUUUAGAAUACUGCAGUACUUAUUAUAGAAUUCUGUAGUAAACUGUAGUAUACUGUAGAACACUAUACUACACACUGUUGUAUCCCUCAAUCAUGUGUAGUACUUCGUAUAGCAUUUUGUAGUAUACUGUAGAAUACUAUAAUAAAUACUACAGUAUUAUCCACUCAAAAAAAUACUGUAGUAAAUACUACAGAAUUUCCCAACAAGUUAUGGAAAGUUUGCUCUUUUAGUAUUUCUCCGGUAGGUUUCCUCAAGGACAAAUCUUCAAUAUUAAAGAUAAUAAAACAAAAACACUUUAGUAAAUACUAUAGUAUAAUACAGUCCGCAAAAACAAUACAGUAUAUACUUGAGUAUACGUACUACAGUCCGCAAAAACACUACAGUAAUUACUAUAGUAUAUACUAGCAUUUUUUUACUACCGUAUUUAUACUUUAGUAAAUUGUAAAUACUACAGUAUACUACAGUAAAUACUACAGGAAAGUCCACAAAAACACUACAGUGAAUACUAUAGUAUUCCUACCAUAGUAUACACUAUAGUAUUUUUCGUGUGUGUGUGUGGGCUACAACCUGAUCAAUGUCCUCUUGCUCGACACUUUCCACUUCUCCCAGGUGAAAGAGCUUUGCCUGACUGGGAAACCAGAUAUCUUCCCUCUUCUCACAUUUAGAGAAACUAGAUGGGCUGAACCUUUGCAGCAACUUGAUCUCAAACUUCAGCUCUGAAACCUUUCCCUCUCGCUUCGAAGAGCUGGAUCUCAAAGGCAACAGGCUGGUGCAGCUCUUGCCUGACUCAUUCGGCCGUCUAACCAGUCUUCCCCACCUGUUCCUGUCCAUGAACCAGCUCAUUGACCUUCCAGAGGACUUCUUCGGGAACCUGACGGCCCUGCAGAACCUGGACCUCUCGGAGAACCAGCUCACAUCGCUGCCCAGAACCAUCUUCCAAGAUCUCACCAAGAUCAAAAUCGUCCACCUGCAGAAUAACAACCUGAGCUUUCUGGAGGCAAAGCUGUUUGAGGACCAGGCCUUCCUGGAGAAGCUGUACCUCUCAGAGAACGACCUCCAGACCCUUCCUCAGGGCUUCUUUGAUGCGUUCUUCCACGAGAAUGUGAUGAGAAUUCGCAGGAACGACUGGAGCUGCGACUGCCACAUGCUGUAUCUGUAUGACUAUGUGGCGGGGCAAGGUCAAUUGGUGGAGGACAUAAGUAACGUGUAUUGUACGGCCCUGGGCCUUUGA